AUGAAAGUAUCUUCAUCUGUUUUUCAAUCAGCUGCCAAGAGCAUAGAUAAGUACGCCCAAUUCGUUCCUAAGUCAGGAGUAUUUCCCAAGGGAUACGAAGUCGCUUCUUUAGCAUCUGGCGUGAAGAAAAAUGGUGCUUUGGAUCUUGGUAUAAUCCGCAACAUCAACAAGUCUAAAAAGUCCAGUGCUGCUGCCGUGUUUACAACUAAUAGAUUCAAAGCUGCGCCUGUGCAAUUUUCAAGAAAAGUCCUCCAAUCGCGUUCUGGCGAGGGUAUUGAUGCAAUUGUGGUCAAUUCGGGGUGUGCUAACGCAGUGACCGGUGAACUGGGACUACAAGAUGCGGAAAAAGUUGCGGGACAAGUAAAUAAGCUCGUUGGCAACUCUGAUAGCACGUUGCUCAUGUCCACCGGUGUCAUCGGACAAAGGCUUCAGCUGGAAAAAAUCACAGCUGGUAUUGACCGUUUGUUUGAAGAAAAGAAGUUCUCGACAGAUUUUGAUGGCUGGCUGAAUCUUUCCAAAUCUAUCUGCACUACAGACACUUUCCCUAAACUAAUCUCUUCCAAGUUUGCAUUGUCUGAUGGUACCGAAUAUACGCUGACAGGUAUGGCCAAGGGCGCUGGUAUGAUCUGUCCUAAUAUGGCAACUUUACUAGGUUUCAUCGUCACUGACUUGCCAAUCAAGACCAGCGUACUUCAACCUCUGCUCUCUGGAGCCGUCAACCGUUCCUUCAACUGUAUAUCGGUCGACGGUGAUAUGAGCACGAAUGAUACUAUUUGUAUGAUCGCAAACGGUGCAAUCGACACGACAGUAAUUGAUGAGAACUCUCCUGAUUUUGAGAAGGUGAAGGAUCAAGUAACGGAGUUUGCUAAGCAACUUGCUCAGUUGGUAGUCCGCGAUGGCGAAGGUGCUACCAAGUUUGUUACCGUAAAUGUAAAAAAUAGUGCUGAAUUCAAAGAUGCUAAAAUAAUUGCAGAGACAAUUUCAAAUAGUAUGCUGGUUAAGAGCGCUCUCUACGGGCAAGACGCCAAUUGGGGUAGAAUCUUGUGCGCCAUCGGUUAUUCAAAGCUGGAAAAUCUUGCAUCUUUGGACGAGUCUAAGAUUAACGUCAGUUUCGUGGCCACAGAUGAUUCAACGCCUCGCGAAUUGAAAUUGAUUGUCAACGGUGUUCCGCAAUUUGACAUCGAUGAAACCAGAGCAUCUGAAAUUUUGAAGUUGCCCGACCUCGAGGUUUUGGUUGACCUGGGUACGGGCUCUGAAGAGUGCCAAUUUUGGACAUGCGAUUUGAGUCACGAAUAUGUGACCAUCAAUGGUGACUACCGUUCUUAA